AUGCCCUCGCCGAAUGAUUACCCUAUUUCUGUUCAAUUACACACAACGACUUCGAUUAGCACAUAAUUUAAUUUGGUGCACUUUAUAGUGUUGUCGGUAAACUCCACAAGUUAGCGUUCCCACUACCACGAUGUCAACCUCGGUUGCUAGUGGCUAUAGUAGCCUCUUUGAGGCGGUACCUGAGCUCGUCUCUCUUAACACUACUUCCUUACGGACAUCACCAUAUCUAGGAGGUCGCAACUUCACUUACGGUUGUUUGCAAGCUGUGAGCGAGUCUCUGCAGAUUGUGGAAGGAUCUCUUGCAUUCAAGAACCCCAGUUACUUCGACGUGGGGAUAACAAUCUCGCAAGUCCAAGAAGCCGCCACAUAUGGCUCAUUGUGUACGAACAACGGAUCUGCCCCCAGGGUCUUGGUCCCGUAUCGAUGGUGCGAGGCCAAUUGUUGGGGUUGGGAUGCUUCGCGCUGGAAUUCGCUACAACAAUGGAUCGGGCCGUUAGUACAGUUCAUACUCCCAUGCCUGGCUUUCUGCUUGAGUGUUCCUCGCAACUGGAGGACCUCGUUCCCGGACUGGAUUUUCAACUCAAAAGACAACAACAUCAUUGUUUACAUCAUCUUCACCUACAUUAUCAAAUUACCUGUCGCAUUCUUAAUUGUGUUUUGGGAUACUAUUUUCUGGCUGUCCACUUGCUUCGCACUUGCCGGUCCAAUGAUGCUGAGUGCGGUCUAUGAGUAUACCUGGGAUGGAAUUAUUCUGGACUUUUUGGAGCCAAGAAAGGGCUCGCCGCCACAGGUUCCGCCUGUAACGAGAGCAAGGCUCCUCUUGGCCACGGUCGUUGGUAAUAUCAAACUGGAGCCGAAUGUUACGAGCAGGGCUCCUACUCUUCCGGGCAAGAAUACCAGCCCACCGAGUAUGAUAUGGUCCCAAGUCAUGGAGCUUGCCGAGGAGCUUCUUCCUACGCAGAGAAAGUCAAAAGUAACUGCAAACGAUCACAAAUCAACUUCAGUUACGGGACAGGGAUCGCAUAACCCAGGUCAGGCUGUAUCAGGUUCUUCUGCAAACACAUCCAAAACGCGUACCGAUCAUGCUGAAGUUGUCCACAAGAAUGGGCCAGAAUUGAAACUCACGGCAUUGUUGAACGCGCAGUCAAGCUUUGGUGGUGCUGUUGGUGCACCGGUCGUCUUCUUCAUCGGAAGCUUCGUCUACAACAUCGUCGAGGCCGAGACGCGACUAGGAGAUAACGACACAGCCCACGCCCUAGCCUUCGGGAUGUGGUGGAUGACGAUCGCGCAUUUGGCAGUCAUCUCCUCGGCCAUGCUGGCGUCGAACAACCCGAGCGCGCUCCAAGGCCUGAUCGGCAGGGCGCGCGGCAAGAGCCACCAGACCGCGUCCGCGGCGAAAGCCGAACGACGGGUGGAGAAGAGUUCAAAUUGCAGCGCGACGACGAGUCUGCGGGCCCGGUUCAUCCGCUGGAUGAAGAGCGUCAAGGUCCUCGAGCAUGCCUUCGACUCGACCUUCGAGCCCAUGUCCCUCUGGAAGCGGGGGCCGAACAAACGGCUUUGGAUGGACAAAGUCGUCGAGGCGUACGAAGAAGAUCGACAGGACGACAAGUUCAUGCAGACCGACGAGCUUCUCAAAGCCUUGCGAAUGGGAUUCUGGACGCGUGCUCUCGUAUGGUUGACCAAUCUAUUUAUAUUACUGGGAGCUCCGUGCGCGCUCGCGUUUACUACUUCAUAUACGACGCCCGUAGCGGGUCUCGGAUGUCGUAGCUUAACACAUCUGGUGUACUACACUACGCAAGUUAUACAGAUGCUAUUAUGGAGCUGGAACGUGGACCUAAGCCGGUCCCAUCCAGAUUCCUGGGCGCUCCAGAUAUGCCGGGGCCUGCAAAUCGUUUUUGGUUCACUUGCAGUGUUCUCCGCCAUUGGUGGAACGCUCAUGCAGAUCAUGGGGGUUUACCGUAACUGCUUAUGCAAGAUGCCAACAUGGGUAUGGAUAUACCCAGACAGCCCAGAAGCCACAGUGGGCAUGAGCUACGUCACCUCGGAAAGUGUUCCCGUGUCCGAGGUCUGGAUUUACACAGGUGCCAUCGCUGCCGGAACCUUGGGCCAAGUUGCGGCUCUUGCUUGGUGGCACCAGCGACGACUAAGACGCAAAUUUCUCAUCGUGGCUGAUAGCCUCUAA